CCCCCUCCUCAAUUCGGAGCGAGGCGCUUCCUGGGUCGGCCCGUCCGAUCGCCUCGCGAUGGCGACCGACGCCGCCGCCGCCGACAAGACCUCCGUCUUCCGCAAGCUCCGCGCCAAAUCCGACAACAAGAUGUGCUUCGACUGCAACGCCAAGAACCCCACCUGGGCCUCCGUCACCUACGGCAUCUUCCUCUGCAUCGACUGCUCCGCCGUCCACCGCAGCCUCGGCGUCCACAUAUCCUUCGUCAGAUCAACAAACUUGGAUUCAUGGGCCCCAAACCAGUUGAAAAUGAUGGUUUACGGAGGAAACAACCGUGCGCAGGCUUUCUUCAAGCAGCAUGGCUGGACUGACGGCGGGAAGAUCGAAGCAAAGUACACUUCGAGAGCUGCUGACUUGUACCGGCAGUUGCUUCGUAAAGAGGUUGACAAAAGCUCCACCGAAGAAGCAAAUACUAGCUGGCCAUCCUCCCCAGUCGCAGCUUCUUCAAACCAAGCGCCUGCGUUUCCAGAUCUCGAACUGGCCGAGGCGUCAAAAGAAGUUGGAGAGGAGAAGACUGAGCCUGAAGUUAUCCGCUCGCCUAAAGCUCCUACCACCCAUUCAUUCAAGAAGCCAAUUGGUGGAAAGAAGCCUGGGAAUAAGACCGGUGGGCUUGGUGCACGCAAGCUUACGUCAAAGGGGAGUGAAAGCCUCUAUGAGCAGAAACCUGAAGAACCCGCUCCUGCUCUGCCAACGGUGAUUGAGAGCACUACAGCUAGGAGCAAAUCUCAUACUUCCCGAUUUGAAUAUGUAGAAAAUAUACCUUCUGCUGGGAGCAGUUCUGAGGAAAGCCAGGCAUUUGGACAUGUUGCUCCGCCAAAGUCUUCAAACUUCUUCGGUGAAUUUGGGAUGGACAGUGGAUAUCAAAAGAAACCUUCCUCUAGUUCAUCCAAAGUGCAGGUUGAGGAAAGUAGCGAAGCAAGAAAGAAAUUCUCAAAUGCAAAGUCGAUUUCGUCAUCUCAGUUCUUCGGUGAUCAGGCCAAUUUGGAAAAGGACGGCCAACUCUCCCUCCAAAAGUUUUCUGGAUCGUCGGCCAUUUCAAGUGCUGACCUAUUUGGCCACCAAGCGAAUAAUUCUAAUGCUGAUUUGAGUGCUUCGGAUUUGAUCAACCGUAUCUCCUUUCAGGCAACUCAGGACUUGACAUCUCUCAAGAGCAUGGCUGGGGAGACUGGGAAGAAGCUGACGUCUAUGGCAUCCAACAUCAUGUCUGAUCUUCAAGACCGAAUCCUCUGAGCUUGGCUUACAUAUGCCUGGAAGAUCUGUUUAAGAGUCCAUAGGCAUUCUAAACUUGUGAACUUAGUCAAUAGUCGUCAAGAGAGGAAGAAAUCGGAAAUGCUGUACUGGCUAAGUCGUGCUAGCAUUUGAACCUGUGACAGAAACGCUUUUGCCUCUGAGAGUUCAGUUUAUGUUUAGAUGGAUCAUGGAUGGUAUCAAUCAAAGAUACUCAAAAGAAAUAUGGAUGGACAGUAUCAAAGAAA